AUGUCUGCGGAUAGAUAUUCAUACAUGAGUAAUGUCUGGAGAGACGGCAUAUUUGAUAACAAAGUCGUCUUCUGCACCGGCGGCGCCGGCACCAUCUGCAGCGCCCAAGUCCGGGCCAUGGUCGCCCUGGGCGCAAACGCCUGCAUUAUCGGCCGCAACGUCGAGAAAACCGAAGCCAUGGCGGCCUCCAUCGCGACCGCGCGCCCCGGGUCAAAAGUCCUCGGCAUCGGCGCCAUCGACGUGCGCAAGCCCGAACUCCUGCAACAAGCCGCCGACCGCUGCGCAAAGGAACUCGGUAGCAUCGACUUCGUGAUCGCAGGUGCGGCCGGAAACUUCCUCGCGCCCAUCGACCAGCUCUCCGCAAACGCAAUGAAGAGCGUCAUCGAUAUCGAUGUGCUGGGCAGCUACAACACGGUCAAGGCCACGCUACCGUAUCUGGUCGACUCGGCGGCGAAACAUCGUACGAAUGGAACUACGCAGCCUGUCAAUGGCACUGGUGGCCGUAUCAUCUUCGUGAGCGCCACACUGCAUUAUACGGCGACGCCGCUGCAGUCGCAUGUUGGCGUUGCAAAGGCUGGUGUGGAUGCCAUGGCGAGGUCGGUGGCUAUCGAGCAAGGGCCAAAGGGUAUCACGUCGAAUAUUAUUGCGCCGGGUCCUAUCGCCGGGACGGAGGGAAUGGCACGGUUGGCCAAGGCGGAGGCGAAUAAGGCGGAUAGUAAGGCGGCAAAGUCAGUGCCGGUCGGGCGGUGGGGUACGGUCAAGGAAAUCGCGGAUGCGACCAUAUAUCUGUUCUCCGAUGCGGGUAACUUUGUAAACGGAGAGGCGCUUGUUGUCGAUGGAGGCGCGUGGCAUACCGCUGGCUUCAGCGGCGGGUUCGAGUACCCCGAUUUCUUGCUUUCUGGCGCUCCUGUUACGGGCGUUGCAGGAGGAAAAAAUGCAAAGUUGUAG